GAUUUAUUACGUAAGAAUGCUCUGUUCUAUAUUAUAAGCAAUUAUUAUCGAGUUUAACUCGAUUUUACACUAAUGGCAUAAGAGGUGGACAUUGAAAUAUGGAAUCGGCGAGACGUGUUCAGUCUAGCCGGUCGACGCGCUACUCCAUUUAGGAAAUAUACCAUAUACUUAAACAUGGCAGUACAAUUUUUCAAUCGAGUGGGUCAGCUUGGUUUGGGCAUAGCUCUUGCAGGUGGUGUCGUUAACUCUGCAUUAUACAAUGUCGAUGGUGGUCAUCGAGCAGUUAUAUUUGAUAGAUUUGCUGGUAUAAAAAAUGCCGUGAUAGGGGAAGGAACACACUUUCUUAUUCCUUGGGUACAAAAGCCAAUUAUUUUUGACAUCCGUUCACGACCGAGGAAUGUUCCAGUCAUUACUGGAAGCAAGGAUCUGCAGAAUGUAAAUAUCACUCUUCGUAUUCUCUUCAGACCAGUACCCGACUCUUUGCCUAAGAUAUAUACAAUCCUUGGUGCGGAUUAUGAUGAAAGAGUACUGCCAUCUAUUACCACAGAAGUAUUGAAAGCUGUUGUCGCACAAUUUGAUGCUGGUGAAUUAAUCACACAAAGAGAAAUCGUGUCUCAAAAGGUCAGUGACAGUUUAACAGACAGAGCUGGACAAUUUGGCCUUAUCCUGGAUGAUAUUUCCAUCACGCAUUUAACAUUUGGUAAAGAGUUUACCCAGGCGGUAGAACUGAAGCAAGUGGCACAACAGGAUGCGGAGAAGGCUCGUUUCCUGGUGGAAAAGGCUGAACAACAGAAGAAGGCGGCUAUUAUUAGUGCUGAGGGUGACGCGCAAGCCGCGAGUUUACUAGCGAAAUCGCUGGCCGAGGCGGGAGAUGGUCUGGUCGAGCUUAGAAGAAUCGAAGCAGCGGAAGAUAUUGCGUUCAAUAUGUCUAAGUCUCGUCAAGUAGCAUAUUUACCAUCAGGUCUAAAUGUGCUGCUCAAUUUACCGCAGUAAAAUAAAUACAUGUUGUGUUUACAUGAAUUGUGCAUUUACAUCGUGAAAGGUUUGAUGCUGUAAUAGAGUGUAAAAAGGAAAACAGUAUACAAUAUAUAAUUGCAUAUAUACAAUAUAUAAUUGCAUAUAUAAUUAUAUAUAUAUAACAGUAUAUAUCAUAAUGAGAAUUUCCCUGAAGGUGUUGCGUAGCAGGAAUAUAUAUUGUUUCAUAACA